AUGGAUACAAUCCACUCUGUUCCCCUACCGAGUACAAUCCCACUUCCUAGUACUCUCUGGGCGACGACCUCCCUCUCCACGAUCCUCUUGGCUUUAUUCGCUAUACUAGGCAUCUGGAUCACCUCUCACAUCAUCUACCGCCUUUACUUCCACCCUCUCUCCAAAUACUCAGGCCCGCUACUCAACGCCAUCUCCUCCAUCCCAGCCGCCUAUCAAGUCUACGCCGGGACCCAACCACGUACCUUCCAAGCCCUUCACGCCAAGUACGGCCACGUAUUUCGCAGCGGUCCCAACGACCUCUCAUUUUGCGGCGCAGAUGCCUGGGAAGAUAUCUACGGCGUGCAGAAAGUUGGUCCAAACUUUCAGAAAGACCCCAGCUGGCUUGCAGUCGUGUCGCCGAAGAAUGGACAGACGGGAGUCAGCAUGGCGCCCCCGGAGACGCAUACACGACAGAGAAAUGCAUUAGGGGCGACUUUUAUGAAUGAGGCUUUGCUUAAUCAGGAAGAGUUUAUUCGCGGGCAUGUUGAGAAGUUUAUGGAGGUGCUUAGGAAAUGCGCGAAGGAGAAUAGGGCGAUUGAUUUUUCGCAUUGGUUUACGUAUCUGUCGUUCGAUGUGAUUGGGGAGGUGGUAUUUGGGGAGCCUUUCAGUUGUCUUGAUGACGAGGAGCAUGCUACGAGCUGGGCGAGGGCCAUCAAUGACAUCUUCCAAUCUGGCGCCUGGGAGCAGGCUUUUGGACAGGCUGCGGGAGUGCAGACUUGGCUGCAUAGGAUGCUGGUCAAGGCUUUUAUCCCUGAGGCGCCCAAGAUCUGGAGGCAGAAGCAUUUGAAGCAGUCGACUGAGAAGACUAUGAGGAGAUUGAAAGAAGGUGAGAGGGGGCACGGCGAUAUCGUUGGACACAUUCUUCGCAACAAUGAGACGAAGAAGGCACGACUCUCGGAGACGGAAUUGAUUCUGAACAUGGUUCAAUUCAUCAGUGCCGGCUCUGAGACGACUGCGUCACUCUUCACGGGCUGGAUCUUUUACAUCCUAUCCAGCCCUGACGCCCAGAAGAAAGUCGUGGAAGAAGUCCGCAAUGCCUUCAGCAGUCCGGAAGAGAUCUCCUGGACCUCAGUCGGCAAGCUCGCGUACCUCGAGGCUACCAUUCACGAAGCACUACGUCUCGUCUCUCCGGCACCGUGCAAUCAACAUCGCGUCGUACCACCAGGUCAAGGCAAGAUGAUCGACGGUAACUACGUCCCGCCCGGCGUGACAGUCGGUGUUGCGGCGGGGGUUGCAGAGCGACAUCCAGAUAACUGGACAGAUGCGGAGAAGUUCGUGCCUGAGAGGUGGCUCGGUGCAGAGCGGUAUCAGAAUGACAAGCGCCAUGCUAGCCAGCCUUUUGGGUUAGGUGUUCGGGCUUGUGUUGGGAAGAAUCUUUCCUUCUUUGAGGCCCGGCUGAUGCUCGCGAAUUUGUUGUGGAAUUUUGAUCUGUGUUUCGACGAGAGCGCUGAGGCCAGAGAGGCUAGAGAAAUGGGCCAGGGGUAA